AUGGGUGACGAUAAAUCACCUUUCCAUGUUACCGUUGGAGGGCCUGACUGCAGUGAGGAUAUAUCGCUCCGAGAAAGGCUUGCCCUACAUUUACCUUCAACGUUCCGCACGAAGAACGAUCACGUCUCCACCCCGAGCUUCGAGGAUCCAGAGUUUCUUCAACGAGAGUUACUUGUUCCGCGGUUAGAUGAUAUCCAAGACCACCUCUGGAUGGUCGGUCGACCUAUGCCACCCCGCCCCUUACAUUACCAACUAAUGUUGUCGAGAGACAUCGUAAUCACGGAAUCUAUGGAUUUGCAUCUUGUUUGGGCCGAUAAACGUAUUUUCGUUAAACCGAUCCCUGGUUAUCUCCUCGACCCAGAAUUUUGGUCAACGCAUUUGGUGUGCCCUGAAAACAUGGAUAUACAACAACGACAAUAUCGCGAGGAACUGGCAAAGGCCGCCCGUGGCUUUUUAUUCACAUAUACAGCUCUGAUUGCAUAUGAGAGUGACUUCCGCAUUGCUUUGGAAUCUGGACUGAUCUCUCAUAAAAUCACUUGGGAGACAUGGAAGAAAAUUUCGCGCCAGUUUGUCCAGGACUUCCAGUAUUCUUCGGUUAAUCCUCGUUUCUGGUAUGGCGAGUUGCGGCUUAGCCGGUUGAAUUCGAUUUAUCGGUGGCGUAAGGGAUUGCUAUGGCGCGGGUACUCGAAAAUAUCAUCGCAUAUGUCUUACGGUGGCCUACUUCGAGAUAAUUUCCAUUUGUUGGCUGCGAUACUCGGUUACAUUGUCAUUGUCUUGACUGCCAUGCAAGUGGGUUUGGCCACGGAAAGGCUUGCCACCAAUGUGCCGUUUCAAGAUGUUAGCUACGGCACUGCUGUCCUUGCAAUGAUUGCCCCGCUGAUUGUGGGAGCGGCCAUCUUUGCGAUUGUCCUCUUUAUAGUGGUCUAUAAUUGGUUAGUGACAAAAACAUACGAAAAAAGAAGGUUCAAAGAGAUGGGUGUGCUGCCGGAUUGGGGUGGUGAUACUAGAGCGCGAGGUGGCAGGGUGGGUAUGUGA